UCCUCCUUAUACGAAAAUGUGGGAUGUAAGUUUAGUGUUAAAAUUUCUUUCUACAUUAAUACCCACAGAGAAGUUACCAUUUAAAGAGUUAACACACAAGCUAGUUAUGCUUGUUGCACUAGUUACUGCUCAGCGGGGACAGACUUUACAAUUGUUAGACAUUGGUUCCAUGGUAGAGGAACCCACAGCAUACACAUUCCUGCUACAUGAACAUGUUAAACAAGCUAGACCAGGAAUGAAAGGACAAAUUAUCAGGCUUCAAGAAUUUCCAAAUAAAGACCUUUGUGUUUUCACUACAUGUAAAGAAUACCUUGCUAGAACUCAAGAUCUGAGAGGGAACAAAACAAGACUAAUACUAACAGUUGCAAAACCGCAUAAGCCAGUCAGCAGAGACUCUAUCAGACGAUGGAUCAGAAAUGUAUUGCAACAGUCAGGCAUUGAUGUCUCAAUGUUCGAAUCACACAGCACAAGAGCAGCCUCUACCUCUAAGGCAAAGAGCAGCAAUGUACCUUUAGAAGAGAUAAUGAAAACUGCUGGGUGGAAAUCUGAUUCCACUUUUGCCAAGCAUUAUGAUUUGCCCAUUGCUACAAAUGAAAAUAUAUUUGCUAACAAAGUCCUAGCAGUUGACCCUAUCUUAGGGUAAAACCCACCCUGUGCCUCCUUGUUGCAUAUGGGACUGAUUCACACACCGGCUUUCAAGACUGAAUAGCGUGGCGGUAAGUGCUUUCUCACGUGACUCCUUGUUCCUGAUGACUC